AUGGGCGAAGCCGGUAUCGACCCUGCUCUCCUCCUCAGUACUGAAGACUUCGGCACUCCUCCUCCACCAGUACCAGAACUCUACAACAGCAGCCCUUCAAGCUGCCCUCGCUUGAGUCUGAGUCCGAUUACGACACCUCAGCAUCGACGUGGUGAGAGUAUUGAGGCUGAAGAGCCGCUUACGCCGCUCAGUAUUGAGUUUACUGAGAUAUUGCGGCAGAAGCUCAAUGAGGUCACCGAUCUGUUGGGAUCACAGGGUGGUAAGGCUAGUGUCCUGUUGGCUGGCAUGGAGCGCUAUGCCAAGAGCUUCAAGGAGGGUACGGAGUUUUGA